ACUUGUAUACAUAUCAUACUGUUCCAAGUUUUGUACAGUCUCAGUUCAGUAGUUAAGUAGUAUGAGGGGAGACUCUGGCAACUCGGGACUGAGUGCAAGUAACAGAAUCACCAUGAUUCUUCAGAGGCUCUUCAGGUUCUCCUCGCUCAUUCGAUCUGCAGUCUCAGUCCAUUUGAAGAGAAACAUUGGUGUUACAGCAGUGGCAUUUAACAAGGAACUUGAUCCUGUACAGAAACUCUUCGUGGACAAGAUUAGAGAAUAUAGAACUAAGCGCCAGACAUCUGGAGGACCUGUUGAUACUGGCCCAGAGAGCCAGAGAGACCUGGAGAGGGAGCUUUUUAAGCUUAAGCAAAUGUAUGGUAAGGCAGACAUGAAUACGUUCCCUGAUUUCAAAUUUGAAGAUCCCAAAUUUGAAGUCUUGGACAAACCCCAGUUCUGAAGAAAUAAUGUAAAAUUUAUGUGGCAAUUUGUCCUAGAUUAGUUGUACAACUGGA